AUGGCUGACCCCAAGGAGCCUGAGAAGGGGAGUGUGGAGCUGGGCACCCCUAAUGCUGCUCCCCCCACAGGGACCAUGUCCACCCGGCGCCUCCGCAGUGAGGACUACAAUGACUACAGCUCCACAGAUGUCACGCCAGAGGGGAGCCCACCUGAUGGCAUGAAUGGCUUCACCCACCCCGAGUCCUACCAGCGCUUUGGGGAGACCAACGGGACAACGUGGUACCAGACCCUGAUCCAUCUCCUGAAGGGGAAUAUCGGGACGGGGCUGCUGGGGCUGCCUCUGGCUGUGAAGAAUGCUGGCAUCCUGCUGGGUCCUCUGAGCCUGCUGGUGAUGGGAGUCGUGGCUGUGCACUGCAUGGGCAUCCUGGUGAAAUGCGCCCAUCACUUCUGCAACAGGUUCCAGAAGCAGUUUUUGGACUAUGGAGGUGCUGUGAUGUAUGGGCUGGAGGCUACUCCCAGUGCAUGGCUGCGGACACAUGCCAUCUGGGGAAGGCGUGUAGUGGGACUUUUCCUGAUCAUCACUCAGUUGGGUUUCUGCUGCGUGUACUUUGUCUUUCUGGCGGACAAUAUCAGACAGGUUGUCUCUGCUGCAAACGGGACCACCAAUGACUGCAGCCCCAACAGGACAGUGGUGAUGACCCCCACCAUGGACUCCAGGCUGUACAUGCUUUCCCUCCUGCCUUUUGUGGUGCUGCUCACAUUCAUCCAGAAUCUCAAAGUCCUGUCCAUCUUCUCCAUGCUGGCCAACGUGGCCAUGCUUGGCAGCCUUGUUGUGAUCUACCAGUACAUCGUCAGGGACAUUCCUGAUCCCAGAAACCUGCCUCUAGCAGCAGCGUGGAAGACCUACCCUCUGUUUUUUGGCACUGCAAUCUUUGCUUUCGAAGGCAUCGGGGUGGUACUGCCUCUGGAAAACAAGAUGAAGAACCCCCGGCAGUUCCCAAUCAUCCUUUACGUGGGGAUGACCAUUGUCACCAUCUUGUACAUCAGCCUGAGUGUCCUGGGGUACCUGCGCUUUGGGGCAGACAUUCAGGCCAGCAUCACACUCAACCUGCCCAACUGCUGGCUGUACCAGGCUGUCAAGUUGCUCUUCUCCUUUGGGAUUUUCUUCACGUAUGCUGUGCAGUUCUAUGUGCCUGCUGAGAUCAUCAUCCCUCCUCUAGUUGCUCGAGUGUCGGAGCGCUGGGGCUGGCUGGUCAACCUGCUCCUCAGGGUGGCCCUGGUCUGUGUGACAUGCGUGCUGGCCAUCCUCAUCCCACGCUUGGACCUCGUCAUCUCUCUGGUGGGCUCCAUCAGCAGCAGUGCCCUGGCUCUCAUCUUCCCUCCACUGCUGGAGAUUGCCACUUACUAUGCCGAGGGCAUGCACCCCCUUGUCAUCACCAAGGACAUUGCCAUCAGCCUCUUUGGCUUCGUGGGCUUCGUGGUGGGGACAUACGAGGCGGCACCCCCCGCCCCUGCCAUUGUGAAUGCCACCAGUGUCAUGGUGCAGUGA